GCGGGGUCCCGGGGGGCGCCAUGGCGGGGGCACCGCCCCAGAAGCGCUUCUACCGGCAGCGGGCUCACUCCAACCCCCUGGCGGACCAUACGCUGUGCUAUCCCACAAAACCUGAGGAAAUGAACUGGGCUGAGCACUACCCUGAGUUCUUCGCCCCGUUGACCAAAGAUGACCGUCACGAUGACCCGAAGGACUCCGAGGAGAGAGCGAAGCCCGCGGCGCAAGUCGAAUUCGCUGAUAUUGGCUGCGGUUAUGGGGGCUUGUUGGUUGAGUUGUCACCCCUCUUCCCCAACACCUUAAUGCUGGGCCUGGAGAUCCGAGUGAAGGUCUCGGAUUAUGUCCGCGACCGGAUCCAGUCUCUGAGAGCAUCCCAUCCCGGGCAGUACCAGAACAUUGCCUGUAUCCGCAGCAAUGCCAUGAAGCACCUGCCCAACUUCUUUCACAAGGGGCAGCUGGCCAAGAUGUUCUUCCUUUUCCCGGACCCGCACUUCAAGAAGACCAAGCACAAGUGGCGGAUCAUCAGUUCUACGCUGCUGGCUGAAUAUGCCUAUGUCCUGUGCGUUGGGGGCCUGGUGUAUACCAUCACCGACGUGGAAGAGGUGCACGAGUGGAUGGUCAGGCACUUCAGUGGGCACCCGCUUUUCGUCCAGGUGCCCUUGGAGGACUUGGGUGGUGACCCUAUCGUGGGGCGCCUGGGGACCUCUACCGAGGAGGGAAAGAAAGUCCAACGGAACGGCGGCAAGACCUUCCCUGCUGUCUUCCAGCGCAUCGAAGCCGAAGCCCUGCAGGGGGCACUGGGCACAGAGCCGUGCCAGGGGGCUCCGGACACGUGACUGUGGACCCGAGAGACUGAUCGUCUUGGACGGCAUGCAGCCGUGCAGCGUUCCGGGGAGGCCUGUGCCCCUCGCCUGGUGCUGCCGGGACAGACGGGCUGGUGGCCUGGCCUGGAUCACGAUGCCAGCGGCAGCCCUCGAUGCCGUGAAUAGAGGGAGGCUGGUGCCUCUCCUAACAAGAAACGCAUAAGGAGUGUCCCAAGCAUCCCCUUAGCCCUGCUUGCUGCUGCUGCCCACGAACUCCCGGAGCCGUUGCUUGUACUUCUAAGACUGUGUCAGGCAGGGGCUGGCUGCAGCUUCACUCCCGUUCGAUUUCUGAAUAAAGCGUGAACUCCCA